AUGCGACAUCUGGACCUAUCCUGGCUGGGACUGGGGCCCAUGUCAGCCUCACCAUGGCUUUUCUUUGUCUUGGUUGGGGCUUCCUGGCUCUUGGCCCACUGCCUCAUCCAGAUCUUCACUUUGUAUGGAAAGUGUCGUCGUCUCCGUGGUUUCUCUCAGCCACCCAAGAGGAAUUGGUUUUGGGGUCACUUGGGCAUGGUGAGUUCCUCUCCCACGGAACAAGGCAUGAAGGAGAUGACUGAGCUGGUGGCCACCUACCCCCAGGGCUUCAUGACCUGGUUAGGUCCAGUGGUUCCCCUCAUCCAUUUGUGCCACCCUGACAUCAUCCGGUCUGUCCUCAGCGCCUCAGCUGCUGUUGCCCCAAAGGAUGCCAUCUUCUACAGCUUCCUGAAACCCUGGCUGGGGGAUGGGCUCUUGGUGAGUGCUGGUGACAAGUGGAGCCGCCACCGUCGCAUGCUGACACCUGCCUUCCAUUUCAACAUCCUGAAGCCGUAUGUGAAGAUUUUCAAUGACAGCACCAACAUCAUGCAUGCCAAGUGGCUGCACCUGGCCUCAGGGGGCAGCGCCCGUCUGGACAUGUUUGAGAACAUCAGCCUGAUGACCUUGGACACUUUGCAGAAAUGUGUCUUCAGCUUCGACAGCAACUGUCAGGAGAAGCCCAGCAAGUAUAUCGCUGCCAUCUUGGAGCUCAGUGCCCUAGUUGUAAAAAGAAAUGAGCAGCUACUUCUGCACAUGGACCUGCUCUACCGCCUCACACCUGAUGGCAUGCGCUUCUAUAAGGCCUGCCGCCUGGUGCAUGACUUCACUGAUGCCGUCAUCCAGGAGAGACGUCGCACUCUGCCCAGUCAUAGUGGUGAUGAUGUCAUCAAGGCCAAGGCCAAGUCCAAGACUUUGGAUUUCAUUGAUGUGCUGCUGCUAAGCAAGGAUGAAGAUGGAAAGGAGCUGUCAGAUGAGGACAUCCGAGCUGAGGCUGACACCUUCAUGUUUGAGGGCCACGACACCACGGCCAGUGGGCUCUCCUGGAUCCUGUACAACCUAGCAAAGCACCCGGAAUACCAGGAGCGCUGCCGGCAGGAGGUGCGGGAGCUGCUGAGGGACCGAGCAUCUACAGAGAUUGAAUGGGACGACCUGGCCCAGCUGCCCUUCCUGACCAUGUGCAUCAAGGAGAGUCUGCGGCUACAUCCCCCGGUCACAAUGGUUUCCCGCUGCUGCACCCAGGACAUUUCCCUCCCAGAUGGCAGAGUCAUCCCUAAAGGCGUCAUCUGCAUCAUCAAUAUCUUUGGAACCCAUCACAACCCAACCGUGUGGCAGGACCCUGAGGUCUAUGACCCCUUCCGCUUUGAUCCAGAGAACAUCCAGGACAGGUCACCUCUGGCAUUUAUUCCCUUCUCGGCGGGACCCAGGAACUGCAUAGGACAGACUUUCGCCAUGAGCGAGAUGAAGGUGGCGCUGGCGCUCACCCUGCUGCGCUUCCGCGUCCUGCCCGACGACAAGGAGCCGCGCCGGAAGCCGGAGCUGAUCCUGCGCGCAGAGGGCGGGCUGUGGCUGCGGGUGGAGCCGCUGAGCACCGGUGCACAGUGACCCAUCCACUUUGCCCCG